AUGGCCAUGCUGACCAUCAAUAUAGGUAGAAUAUCACGUCCUGGACGAAUCAAGAAGCCUAUUCUUUCAGAAAAUCCAAGAAACCGGCCGAACAGAGAGUCAGCCAGGUCAUCGCGACCGAACAGAAACCCAGUAUCGAAAACCUCCAAGAAUCGCCCGAAUCGUAUCAGCAAGAAACCAUCCGAGCCUUUGUUCUCCACGAGUGAUGCAGGGUUUGCUCAAUUCCUAAAAAGGCACAGUUCCCCCAAACACCAGCGAGUCACGGCUGGGGGAAGAAUCGUGCCAAUGAAGCCGCCGAGACCACUCCGUCUUGACAGCUCAUCAACUGCGCCGAUGGCUGUAACGAAUGACGACGAAGCCAUUGCCGCACAUGUUUUUGUUGAUGGUCAACUUGUGACUGAUGGCCGCAACAGAGCAGCACAAGGGAACCUGACCUUCCUCCGUUCCUCCACAGAGUCCGAUAAUAACUUGCAGGAGAUAUUGCCGCCACCUUUGCUGGCAAGCACAUCCCAGUUCGCAGCCCCAGUCAAUUCACAAUAUUUGAAUGUUUCCCAAACAAUAGGUACAAGUUCACAUAUUGAAUACAUUGAACAAGCACCCCCAGACGAAGACGAUCCAGAGUUCGUUCACGGAGUGCGACACCCUGAGCCCACUCUUCAGGUUGAGGAGUACCAGACACGAUGGGCUUUGAUCCAGAAUCAGAUCAAUGCAGAGAAUACUGCAAUUGCGCAGACGUUGACGUGCAUGUCCCAGUUUGAUAUGUUCCAGGUUUGCGAUAAUUACAUUCGAUAUGUAAGAGUGGCGUGGAUGUGCGGCCAUGAUACCAUGGCAUUGGCAUUGGCACAACUGACACGCAAACUCGGGUACCAUGAAAGAUAUCUCCGAGAAGUUAACGAAGCUAUCGCAUUGGAUCCACGGAUUUCACCUAGCGAUGCUCGUUACAAUUUGCGUGUUUACAACAUCAACGAACGGGCAAGAGUGCUCAGAGCACUUGAUGAACAUGAUAUGCUCAUGGAUUAUACACAGUCAAUUGAAAUGCAUCAUGCAGAGGCAAUUGAAAUGGACAAUGCCAACGAUCUAGAAGGCAUUGUCGUUGAUCCAGAGCAUCAGAGCCCCACUUACAUUCAAGAGCAAGUUGAAACAACGAUCGCAGAUGGCUCACAUAUUAAUCUGUCGACUGAUGGUGCCAAUGACGUUGUGCGUGUUAGCACCAACCGUGGAGUCGAAAUCAUUGACCCGAACACUGGCCAUCCUAUCGAAUUCCAGAGGCAAUCGUUGGCAGCAACAAACAGCUGCAGCAAUGGAACAGACCACACAAACGGGAACAAGUCAAACUUUAAUAACAUGCAGCUUGAUGGAAGCUCAGACUUGCUCAUUCGUGAUCGGGAAAAUGACAACACAAGCAGAAGAACCUCACUCUUCAAUGAAAUCCAGGUUGAUAGAAGGUCGGAGUUGUGCGUUCGUGAUGUGAACGGGAGCGGCAAUGUGCCUACGGGAAGUCAUGACACGCCGUUUGACGCCGACAGCCGAAUGGGCAUCCACCUUUUUCCCGAAAUGAGCUCUGAAGGGGAAACCGAUGGAAUCAUAUCAUCGAUCCAUCAUGAGACAUGGACAGAACGUCGUCCAAGAAAUGGAAACCGUAUCAGCGGAACUGUGCCUCGGAACUUCGGCCGAAACAACGUCUUUAAUUAUACUGCGCCAUUGCAGUCCAUUGCUGAAGUCAACCAUGAGGAAUAUGCCGUCGAAUUGGCUAGCACCGCUGUAAAUAAUGGGAGUCCCACGCCAAGCCUCAUGUUUAGCCCUAAUGCAGAUGAAGUGAGCCGUCCAACUGAAGAUGGGGCUCCCCAGAACGGGCUUCGGUUUCUUCAGAAUGAGCCCCGCGACGCAUCAGUUUCGGUCGGUUCAGACGACGAGCAACCGAUGACAAGAGAAUCUAGUCCCAGGCGUGGGUUGACCGAAGAGAUGCUCUCAGCACUUUCCUUUGAUCAACAGCGCAGAAGUACUGACGUGUUGGAGAACCUUUUCGAUGUGUUUGUCGUAGAUGUGCAGGGUGAUUGUGAAGCGGAAGGAUCCGGCGAACGGAGAGGACGGUCUCUCGCCGAACAAUUAGAGGAUGGCAUGAACUACAGGGCCGAUUUGACGCAUAGCAGCCGCAAUGGGAGUAUCACCCUGACAAUGAACGGCUUCGGAGGGGAUUACCCAGACGACAUGUCGGAUACACCCCUAUUGUCUCGGAAUAGCCCAUUCGGCAGAUACAGUCCAUUCGACAUGAACAGCCCAUUGUCUAGGAAUAGCCCAUUGUCCAGGAAUAGCCCAAGCAGGGUAAUCUCGAGGUCCAGUGCCCGCCGGAGGUAUGAUGUACCUGUGGGUGAUCUCAGCAGCGUUGGGUCUCGUAUGAUUUCUUCGAGUCUGAAUGCCCGCCGGAGACAUGAUGCACGUGAAAAUGUCCGAAACGCCCGUCGCUCGCUCACAAAUUCAUCGCGACUGAUUGAAGACCUGAGAGACGAAGUACCUGCCACAACAGUUCUCGGUUUCGACGCGCCAGACAGUCAACAAAACACCAAUUACUUGCCUGUAUAUCCACGCUUGAUCGACACCAGCCUCAGACAUACCGCACCCCCCAUUGUGAACACCAGCAGAAUCAACGCUCAUGCUUACCGUUGA